UCUCAAUCACACAAAAACCACGAGAUUAAAAAACUAAAUCAGAACCAACACACACGUUAAACAAAAAUUGCGUACUGUAUUUAUAAUUAUACUAGUUAUUUACCGACCAAGCCAAACCCCACAUGAACAAUACACGGUACCGUUUCUGCUUCUGCGCUGUAAGAUACUUACUACCAGGUAGCAUAGCAGUGACAAAGUGAAGUGUUGUGUUGGUUGGUUCACUUUCCCACCGCAUUCUUGCCAUGGAUCGCCGCAUCUACGGCGUCUCCGGCCACCGCAUCUUCCUCUCCCUUCUCUUCCUUGUCUCUGUUUUCCCACAAGCGUUAACGCUGUCGCCGUCACCGACGGCUCAGAUUAACUCAAACUCAAUCCUCGUCGCUCUUCUGGACUCGCAUUACACGGAACUCGCGGAGCUUGUCGAAAAAGCCAUGUUGUUACAGAAACUAGAAGACACUGUCGCCACUCACAACAUAACAAUCUUCGCUCCGACCAACGAAGCCUUAGACCGCAACCUCGACCCCGAUUUCAAGCGCUUUCUUCUCGAACCCGCCAAUCUUCACUCCCUCCAGACGCUCCUCCUCUCUCACAUCACCCCCGCGCAAAUAGGAUCCAAAACCCUAACCCGCCACGUCACCUCUCUUUCCGACCACAACCUCAAGCUCUCCGAAAAUCUCACCACCGUCGACCAAGCCAAGGUUACCCACCCGGAUGUGGUGACCCGACCCGACGGCGUCAUCCACGGCAUCGACCGCCUCCUCCUCCCCCGCUCCGUCGAGGACGACUUCAACCGCCGCCGCAGCCUCCGCUCCAUCACCGCCGUCAAACCCGAACCCUCGCCGGAAAUCGACCCGAGAACCCACCGUCUAAAGAAACGUCCCCCGCCGGUGAAACCCGGUUCCUCCCCGGAACUUCCGAUUUACGACGCGAUGGCUCCGGGACCCGCCCUGGCCCCGGCGCCGGCGCCGGGGCCAGGCGGCUCGCACCACCACUUCAACGGAGAAAGACAAGUCGAGGACUUCAUCCACACGCUCCUCCACUACGGCGGGUACAACGAGAUGGCGGACAUUCUCGUAAACCUAACGUCGUUGGCCGUUGAAAUGGGUCGUUUAGUUUCGGAGGGUUACGUGCUCACCGUUUUGGCCCCAAACGACGAAGCGAUGGCGAAGUUGACAACGGAGCAAUUAAGCGAACCGGGGGCGCCGGAGCAGAUAAUGUACUAUCACAUAAUACCGGAGUACCAGACCGAAGAGAGCAUGUACAAUGCGGUUAGAAGGUUCGGGAAGGUUCGCUACGAUACCCUACGGUUGCCGCAUAAGGUGGUGGCGCAAGAAGCUGAUGGGUCCGUUAAAUUCGGGCACGGGGACGGGUCGGCUUAUUUGUUCGACCCGGAUAUUUACACCGAUGGACGGAUCUCGGUUCAGGGGAUUGAUGGGGUUUUGUUUCCGACGGUGGAGGUGGAGGGGGCGGAGCGGGUUAGACCGGUUACCCGGACCGGUCAGAACGGUGCGAAAGUUGUUGUCAAGCACAGGAGAGGAAAAUUACUGGAAACAGCAUGCUGGAUGCUUGGAACUUUUGGACAGCAUUCUAGAUUCGCCUCUUGUCAAUGAAGAAGCCCACGUUUUUGUUGCUAGCAAGAUUUCUCAAAGCAAUGAAAUCCAAUGGAAAUCUCUUCGAUGUAAAAAGUCUAAAGUGAAGGCCAUCUUUGCUUGAAUGGGAUGUAGCCAGCUGCUAUGGGUGUGAUUUUCCCACAUUUUUGUUUUGCGCUUUUUUUGUCCAUUAUUUUGUUUUGUGCAUUUGGGUCCAAAGCUUCUAGUCUACUUGUCAUACCAUAUAGUGCAUAUAUGUACUUAGAUUCAGUUACCUACUGCUACUACUCCAAUUUCAUAGGUGGUUGUGUUGCUGGGAUUGGAAGGUUUUCUGUAACCAAACGGGGAAUCUUUCUGUUAGACAUGUGCCCAUUCAAUAAAUAAUUUUACGGAAGAAAUGGAAAUACAAUAAUAAAAUGAUUCUUUACUGUAA